AUGGGUGUUGAAAUUCCUCGGAAAGUCGGCGGACAAAAUGGCGUUACAUCUGUCGCUGCCGCGCCGGUGAUAGUGGGGCUACAGCCGUCGGCUCUGGUGGACCACGUGGCAAGAGUCGAUUGGCCCCUCCUCUCCCGUAUCCCAGGGGAGCCUGGCGGCUCCUUCCCUGUGGCUACCGAUGAGCUGAAGUUCAUCUUGAGAGAGCUUCACGCUCAUAUCAAUGAUUCUCCAGAUAACACGUCUCCAUUGAAGACCAUAGCAGGUGGGAGUGUAGCUAACACAAUUCGAGGCCUAUCAGCGGGUUUUGGAAUCACUUGUGGGAUAAUUGGGGCUUGUGGGGAUGAUGAUCAGGGAAGAUUGUUUAUAAAUAACAUGAACUUCCACAAAGUUGAUCUUUCGAGAUUGAGGUUGAAAAGUGGGCAUACAGCACAGUGUGUGUGCUUAGUUGAUGAGUUGGGCAAUAGAACAAUGAGGCCAUGUCUCUCAAGUGCCGUAAAAGUUCAGGCGAAUGAUUUGACUACAGCGGAUUUGAAAGGCUCUAAGUGGCUCGUGCUGAGGUAUGCAAUAUUUAACAUUGAAGUUAUUCAGGCAGCCAUUAAAAUUGCUAAGCAAGAAGGUGUCUUUGUCUCGCUAGAUCUGGCCAGUUUUGAGAUGGUGAGAAAGUUCAAGUUGCAACUCUUACAGUUACUUGAAUCAGGGAGCAUAGAUCUUUGCUUUGCCAAUGAGGAUGAGGCUGCAGAGCUACUGAGUGGUGAAGGCAAAGCCGAUCCGGUGUCGGCUCUUGAAUUUCUUGGGAAACACUGCCAAUGGGCUGUAGUGACAUUAGGCUCGAGGGGAUGCAUUGCAAAACACGGAAAAGAGGUUGCUCGUGUUCCAGCAAUAGGGGAGUCGAAAGCAGUGGACGCAACAGGUGCAGGGGACCUAUUUGCAAGCGGGUUUUUGUAUGGACUUGUGAAGGGACUCUCCCUUGAGGAGUGCUGCAAGGUGGGGUCGUGCAGUGGUGGCUCGGUUACACGUUCUCUUGGGGGUGAGGUGACUCCCGACAACUGGCAGUGGAUGUAUAAACAACUGCAGACCAAAGGGCUUCCUGUCCCAGACCACAACAACCAGUACUUUGUGCGAGAGCUUUAA